AUGCCUGUCAUGGUCCCCGUGUCUGCCCGGCUGACUCAGGAAUUCCGUUUCCCUGGAACCCUUGGUGUGCGGGCUGUCACGGUCUGGCUGGCAGACCGUGGAGUUGUGGAGAAAGUAGGGCCCAAACGCGAGACUCAAGAUCACAGUGAAGACACAACGCAGGGGAACAAAAUACAGCUCAUCAUAAACUCCUCAAAGGUUUCAUACUUCACACUUGCUGCUUACUUCGACACCAGUACUUUGAAAUAUUUCUGUUUCACGGUUGUUAUGUCUUUAUACUUAUUGAUUCUUUGCGCCAAUGUCCUGCUGAUUGUGGUUAUCUGUGUGAACAGAAGCUUACAUGAACCUAUGUACAUGUUUCUGUGCAGCCUGUUUGUGAAUGAGCUGUAUGGUAGUACAGGGCUGUUUCCACUCCUCCUGCUUCAGAUCCUCUCUGAUGUUCACACUGUUUCUGCUCCUCUCUGCUUCCUGCAGAUCUUCUGUGUGUUUUCUUAUGUCUGUGUUGAGUUUUGCAUCUUAGCCGUCAUGUCUUACGACAGAUACCUCGCCAUCUGCUGUCCUCUGCAAUAUCACACACGUAUGACGCCUGCAACGGUUGUCUUGCUGAUUGCACUUUCCUGGUUAUACUCUUUUCUUACCAUUCUUACUUUGAUCUUACUGAUCGCUCCUCUGGAGCUCUGUGGGAACGUCAUUAACAAGGUUUACUGUUUGAACUACUCCAUUGUGAAACUGGCCUGCUCUGAAACCACAGCAAAUAACAUUUAUGGUCUUUUUAUCACAGCUCUCACAGUCUUUGUUCCAGUUAUCUUAAUCCUUUGCUCGUAUGUGAGGAUCCUGAAAGUCUGUUUUUCUGGAUCCAAACAAACCCGACAGAAAGCCGUCAGCACCUGCACGCCUCACCUCGCUUCUCUGCUCAACUUCUCUUUUGGUGUUUGCUUUGAAGUGAUCCAGAGCAGGUUCAGUCUGAGCAGUGUGCACAGCAUGGUGCACAUUGUUUUAUCGCUGUACUUUCUAACCUGCCAGCCGCUCUUUAACCCCGUACUGUACGGACUGAACAUGUCCAACAUCCGCAAACGUCUGUUUGCUCACAAAAGGAGAUAA